AAGAAUCCCAUCCAGUCCAGGCGUAGCUAGAGCAGAGAUGGAGGAUGGAGUUGGAGUUUUGGGAAGAGGGGGAUUAUUGUCGUGCGGUCUCAGACUGCGGGUUCUGAGCAUGGGUAACAGGGUCGGGUGUUAACGCGGGUCUCGAGACAGUAGGAACGUGCAUGUAGAGUACAGUUUUUUUUAGUUGUUCCAGGGUUCUUAGUUUAAAAAAAAAAAAAAAAACUGGUUUGAGGAUGCACCGCGCCUUCUCGUUUGCGAUGGCGGCGGAACGGAGCCGGUAUAAGGAGAGACUGGAGGCGACUCUGGCGGGUUUGUGUGAGCUGGAGAUGCUGAAACAGCGGCAGGAGAGUCUCGUGCUCAGCGCGCUCAGUCUCGGAGACUCAGGCCCGGGCUGCGCGCGCGCGCCGUGGCCGCUAAUCCGACACUGCUUCCCUAGUUCUGCAAACCUGGAGCACGAGCAGCCAGGAGCAGCACACCAGCAGGGUUUGAUGGCAGUUCUUCAGCAGCAGGUAGGAGAACUGAGAGUGGAUACAGAGACCAGCUCAGUGGAGCACCUCACAGACACAGGAGAUACAAAUUCAGGUUUCUGUGAGCAGAGAGAGAGUCAGUCUCUUCUGGACUCAGGUGACCUCUCUUCCAGGGCCACAUUCCCAAUCCAGUCACCUAGUUCCAAUGAGAGACUUAAAUCUGCUGGAGAUACGUUUGUGACCAGUCGUGAUGGACCACAGGACUGUGGGGGCUCUGCAGGACGAUCUCCGGUUCCACGCACACUCUCAGUCCUCCAGCCGCCUCUGAUGGGUCUAUUAAAGAGAGGUGGAGAGGGGGAGCGCUGGCUCUGGCCAGAAAGUAAUGGAGCAGGAGACGAAGAUGAACCCACUGCUGAGGACUACCAUCAGGCUCAGCAUGUGGAGACGUACAUCCUGGGUCUGAUCCAGCGCCGUCUUCUGGCCACAAGGCAGUGCAAACCCCGCACCAACAUGAGCCCUGAGGCCAGAGGAGUGAUGAGGCAAAGUAGUCUUUGCCGAAAGGAACCUGUCUUCAUUUCUGACCACUGCAAGGUCUCUUCAAGCCCUGAGAGACCAACAUGGGCCUCAUACAGCCUUGAUGAGGAGCAGCUUGGGGGCUUUUCCCCUGUAGAGCAGCUCCCUGCUCACUAUCCAAGGCUUGAGGAGCAGAUCCCUGCUCAUUGUUCAAGACCUGAGGAGCAGCACCCUACACAUUAUCCCAGGCCUGAGGAGAAGCUGUCUACACAAUACCCCAGGCCUGCACUGUCAGGAAUUCACUCCACAUCUCUGGAUUUCCCCACUGGAGAUUUGGACCCCAGCAGUAGUGAAGCAGACUCGCCCCAGCACUACCAGCUCCCACACUCGCCCUCUUCAGAAGAGCAGUUAGUCAAUGCACAGUACAUCCCAGCACAGCCAUGCCAGGCACCAAUGAGAGCCAAAACAUCUCGUGCCCACGCAGCCCCCAAAGCCGGCCGUGGGGGUGGCACAUACUCCCCUGAAAGACCACAGCCCAAGCCACGGGCCAUACCCAAGAAGUGCCGCUUUAGUGAAGAAAGGACAGCUGCCAAGAAACCUGGACGAAAAGCCUGUCGCUCGCAGUCAGAGAACAGCCUGCUGGGCCAGAAAGGUGUCCCUGAGCGAAAGUAUAGCACAGUGGAGCGGGACACAGGCCGCGCUAACCAGUCCAAAUCCCGACGCCAGCAGGGCAGUCUUGGGCACCGCCGCUGGCGCUCUACACUAGAGCUCAGCCAGGACGAAGCCGAGCCCACACCAGAGCGAGAGGUCAGACGCACCCGUAGGUCUAGACCUGCUGCCUCUACCUAUGUCUACAACCAGACUCCUCAGCACCUUCAUCCACAUCAUCCACACCACUUUCCUCAUCCUCACCUUCACUCAGACUACCCACUGCACACCUCAGUGUGCCGUCCAGAGGGGGGCUACAAGCACUCAGGCCCUGGAGAGUGGGAGUCCAGUCUGAGUGAAGGGGAGUCCCCUGGCUCCAGUUCCAUGUCCAGUGACUCUGACGAGAGUGGUGGACUUGUGUGGCCUCAGCAACUUGCCCCACCAUUGGCUCCUCCUUCACCCCCCACUCCUUCUGGGGCGCCACUGCAGUCCAAAGCCUUGGUAAAGAUCAAAGCCUCACAUGCUCUCAAGAAGAAGAUCCUUCGCUUUAGAACUGGUUCCCUCAAAGUCAUGACCACCGUUUGAGCUACUGGGUUAAGUAUCUGUGGAGGUCUUUUCUCUUCAAUGUUUUGGGAUAUCCUGAGACAGAGUAGAGAGGUCUGAGCUCAAGCUACCUGCCUCAGAUUAAUGUGAAUCUGAGCUUAAAACCACCAUGUACAUGUAUGUCUGUGUAUGUGAUAAAGGUGCUUGUAUUUAUGAUUGUAUUCUGUAAAUAAAAAUCUGGGGCCAUGUCUUUAAGAUGUUUGUGGUUUAAGAGGCAAUGGUAUGAACAGAUACUCCAGCAUACUAUCAAUAAACACAUAGAAAGAGAACUCCAGCAUACUAUCAAACAAGCAUUUGGUGUAGAAUUUAAAUACAGUAUUACGGUAGUUUCAGUCACAGCAAUCCACAUUAAAGCAGUAGAAGAGAAAUAUUUUUUAGCUGCUCCACACUGAGAAAGAGACAAGGAAGGAUCAGUGAUCUUUAACAAGAAAAAGAGAAACUCUAAUAGUCUGCCCUGCCCAGACAGAUGCAGACAAAGGAAACAUGCCAAGCAUAAUACAGACAACUCACAGGAAGUCAAACAGGGUCAUGUUCAGCAAAGUGUUACACUCCCACAAUAGGAAAUAUGAGGCAAACCCUGGAGUAGGUGGAAUUUCACAUUCCACAAUAAUUUUAUCUUAGCUUGACCUGGGAAGUGAUUUGUUUAUUUGUAAAACAUAGUCAUAUGGGUGUCCCAUCAUGGCCAAUGUGAUGAAGUUCACUGCUGCAGCUUCACACACAGGCCACCCAAGUUUAGGCCUUUAGGGUGAAGGCAAAGGGGUGGAUGUUCUUAAGAAGGUCUGGUUUGGCAAGCUACCAGUGUAGGUGCAAUUUUUAGCCAAAAACUCUUACACAUAAACAAUAAUGAGAUAAUUAACUUCAGCUGCACUGUAAUUAAUCACUCAGAAGAGACACUUCCUCCACUGGGGGCAUGUUAUAUAAGGGUUGUAGAGCAUUGAGAGAUCUUGCAAAUUGUGCUUUCAGUUGAGAUUGUACACAGGUAGAAAGUAGAGGAUCCACCAGGCUAACUAGUGGAUGAGAAAGGACAAACUUCUAGUCCAGUCACAAAUAGUCCAGUUAGUGGAGAUUGACUUGAAAUCCUAGAUAUCAUAAUUGACAAUAUUUGAAUGGUAACACUCUCUCAUCUGUCGCCACACUAGCCAAUAUAGCCCUGUUCAGAGCACACAUCAUGAUGAUGAUUAGGAAUGUUAGCUUGAUUAUCAGGUUCUCAACGAACAAAAACUCAGUGGCAAGGAUGGAUGAGAGAAAAAGGUAAGCUGUUCUUAAAGGGGAAAAAACUUGUAUGCCCAUUUAUGGACCUAGAGUCCUUUCUGAUAGGAUCUGUCUGUAUCACAGAAUUCCUGCUCUGGUCAUGAACACAAUUUCCUGAUGUUGGCAAGACUGCAUGUCCUGAGCUAUUAACAAAUUUCUGCUAUUUCUGCCAUAGGGAUGGCUAAUAUGCACUCUGCAGGACUAAGGUGGACCCAAUAGUUGACAACCAAAAGGAUAAUGCAAUGUGUGGAUGUUGAGGUGCCUUUGGUGGUCAGUGCUGCUGACAAAAGCAGUGAGCCGUUGCUCAUCCAAGCCUGCCUUUAGCUCCAAUCUUAAUAAACUCUGGGAAGAAAGAAGCUUUGUGCCCGCAUCUCCUAUAUUUCUAAAACCCACUCUCUCUCCCUUUCCCCAUCUGGACGUGGUUAAAGAGGCUCCCUUCAAGGCCAAGAACCUGGAGAAUUUCCUGUAAAAGGGGGAGGGGCAGAGAGGGAGGAAAACGAAGACAGAAACAAGAAAUUAAAAGAGCCAGAAAAAGAGGGGAAAAGGAGACUUUUAGCAAGACAGUCCCUACUCCACAUCUGGCUUAUAUUAGAAGGAAGAAAGGGGGGUGGGGUGGCCUAUGAUCAGAAAUGGGAGAAGGAUAAGGGAGGGACUGAACAGAAAAGGACCUACAUUGUCGGUGCUUUGUUCAAGUAGAACAGCCAUAUUUCUUUUGCUCCUCUCUCUCUCUCUCUCUCUCUCUCUCUCUCUCUCUCUCUCUCUCACUGUGUGAAUAUGCACAUUGGUGAGACUGUCCAAAUCGCUGCUCUCUGGAAGUCAACUGGCUGUGCCCUAACUGUCUGUAUACCUCCUUGUUUUCUCUUGUCAUCUGUUAACUUCUCAUUUUGCCUGAUAGUCUCUGUUACACAUAUAAAAGCACACACUCCUGCAAACCUAACUUUAGUCAUCUCGUCUGAAGACCAUUUACAGUCCUGGACUUAUGUUAUGUUUGAAACUGGUUGGCUCUGUAUGCAUACCAGAGUCUGGGAGUGGGGCCAAGCAGAGCAGUGAAGGAAAGAGGAGGCAGAAAAAGAGACAGAGUGAGAGACAAAGUGGGGUCUCUGGGACAAGUUACUUUUUAGACAGCUGCACCAUGUCCACCAGUCCAGACCCGUUCCCAGCCCCCAAAGCUGGAAGCUGAGAUCGGAGCAGGACAGAAUUUGAUUGACAAUAGUUCUGCACUGUGUAUGUCUGAGUAUAUCUGACAGCUUGACUACUAAAAAAUCCCACAGGUAGGCAUUCCUGAUAUAUGAUUGGACAUGAUUCUAAGAUCUAUGGAACUGACCUAGUUAAAUGCAUUUUACACUGACAAUUUUAGGAAUACUGUUGAGAAAUAGUGGAUGUUUGGGCAGUUAUAUGUCUAAAACUAGUGAAUAUAUUAAAGUUUAUUAAGUAUUGUUGCUGAGUUCUCAGCAGCUGUCAUGACUUCCAUAGACUUUGUGUACAUUCAGAUUUGAAGGUCUAUCAUGAAGAAAACAGGAACUUUCUUUCUCUUUCUGUUUACUAAGAUCCAGCUGCAUCUUCCUCUGGCCUCCAGCAAAUUUAGUUUGAGAGCCUGACUCAGAGGCUGGAAGGAGCAAAAUGUUUGAUGGCUCAUUGUGCUCAUAUAUAGACGACUGCAAUAAGACUUGGCUGUGUCUUAACCAUGGUUAAUUGAUCAAUUGAUUUUAUUGCGCCCCCAUGUGACUGAAGUAAUAAAUGGACAUUUUGUAUUGCUAUGUCCUUUUCCUUGCCUUGGAAAAAACACUUCUAAAACCUUGGGUUAAUUGUUUUUUGAGGGUCUGCUCUGAUGUGUGUCUUAAAUAAAAUCUGGCAAAAAAGAACA